AUGACCUUUAAAAUUUGGCAGUGGUAUCGAACAAAUAGUGGCUGUCCCCUUGCGCACGAAUGCUUUUGCUCUUCUGAUGAUCAUUUGCGCUAUGUCGUGGGCCUCUAUCUCCGCACACCCUUGCAUCGACGCAGUGAGUAUAGCAAACACGGUUGCAGAGCUUUCUGGGAUCCAUGGCCGACAUGCUUUAUGCACAGCUAUCGAUCCUUCACACAAUUGGAACUCUGGAAAAUGCUUCACGGCUUCAAUCUCAUGAUCAAAUCUGGCCUGGAACUCAGUUUGGAGCAUUUUCUCGGCUUCAAUGAGGUAAACGAUGCGCAAGUCAACGUCUGA